CAAACGACGAAUGGAAGAAGAAGAAAUGAUGUCAGCCGUGGAGCAUCGCUGCUCUUUGGUUCGUGAUCUAAUUCGUACAAUAUAUGUCCCCAAGUGUUAUUGUUUGUGUUGCGCAUAGGUUAAACUGCUACCAUAAAUCGAAUUCUAACGACCGGUGGUGUUUGCUGCCCGAAACGCGCGUCGCGAGUGCGUGAAAAAUGUCGAAACACGAUCGAGUGAAAUCGGGUGGCUUUCUGGAUACGUUGCUCGGCCGACCACACAAGAAGCUUGGUCGGCAUGGAGGAGGGAGUGGCGUGUACGGGAAUGGGCCGAACAGUGCUGGUGGUGGCGGGAAUGUCGGCGGCUAUGGGGGCAGCUACGGUAGCCUUAACGGUGGCCGUCCACUGUCCGGCCCGGACGCGGACCUGGUGUCCCUGAUCGAACCGAACGAAACGCACCGACUCAGCGAAGCGGAAGUCAACCGUCUGUUUCACGAAAUUCUCGAGGACAUGAACAUUCCGAAAGACAAGCGCGAUCCACUGCUGGACAAACCGUUGGAGGAGAAGCGCAAGAUGAUCGACAUGCAUGUGAAAGGUAAAAUAUCGUCGGAACGGGCAAACUCACGGUUCGAAAAGCCUUCGGACUAUGUGCAGUACCUGCACGAAGGUGACUACUCCAACCGGGCGAACAAGCUGCUGGGAUGUCUGGAAAGCCUCCGGGUCGCGCUGACCAGCAACCCGAUCAGCUGGAUCAAGGACUUUGGCGAGGAUGGCAUCAACGAAAUCGUCACACUGUGCCGGUACUGUGCGUCGGUCCCGCGUCGACUGCCCAAGAUCGAGUACGAGUGCUUGCGCGCGCUGAAGGCAAUCCUGAACAAUUCCUGGGGCCUGAACGUUAUUCUAACGCCCGACCAGCACCCGGUCGUACUGCUGCUGGCGCAAUGCAUCGACUCCAGCAACCCUCAGACGAGGUGCGAAGCGAUUAAGCUCCUGUCCGCGCUUACCCUGCUCAAGGAUCGCAACGGGUACGAGAAGGUGCUGCGAGCGAUCACCAACGUGAGCUCGAUGCGAAAGCCCGGCUCGGAACGGUUUCGCCCCAUCGUGGAGGGACUGUUUCUGGACAAUGAUCGCAACUACGAGCUAGCCUGCAGCACGAUGAUCUUCAUCAACUGUAUCAUCAACUCGCCGACCGACAGCAACUUCCGGUUGCAUCUGCGGUGUGAAAUGAUGCGGGCCGGGCUGUACGAACGGAUCGACCAGCUGUCGGAGAUGGUGGAGAAGAGCGGGAACGAGAAUCUGGUGAAUCAUUUCAAGAUUUUCAACUGCUACCGGGAGGACGACUUUGAGGAGUUUAGCAACCGGUUCGACAACGUGCGGCUCGAGCUGGACGACAUGAACGAUUGUUUCGAACUGCUGAAGAACCUCGUCGCGGACACGAGCAGCGAACCGUACUUCCUGUCGAUACUGCAACACCUCCUAUUCAUCCGUGACGACCACCAGUACCGGCCGGCGUACUUUAAGCUGAUCGAAGAGUGCGUGUCGCAGAUCGUGCUGCACAAGAGCGGGUACGAUCCGAACUUUGACAGUCGCGACUUCCACAUCGACACCAGCACGCUGCUGGACGACAUGGCGGAGAAGACGAAGCAGCUGGAAAGCAAAAAGUCGGAAGACUUUGAAAAGCGCAUGACCGAGCUGCAAACGGCCCGCCAGGAGGCGGAAGCCCGCGUAGCCGCACUCGAGGAUCGCCUGAAGGAGAUCGAAGCGACGGGCGUGAUUGUGUCGCCGAAGGGUAAAAGCAAACUACCUCAAAUUAACAUUCCACCGCCACCGCCUGGCCUGCUGCCGGGCGGAGGGGGAUCGGGGGCCCCGCCACCUCCCCCACCCUGCCCGGGAGCGGUGCAGGUGAUGGGGAUCGGGGGUGGGUCAGCAGCGCCACCACCACCACCACCACCACCCUUCCCAGGGGCUGCUGGUCCACCGCCACCACCACCCAUGCCCGGUGUCGGCGGUGGUCCACCGCCUCCGCCUCCUCCGAUGAUGAUGGGUGGGUUCCGGCCACCGGGUAUGCCACCACCCUUCCCGAACGCCGCCCCGAAACCACUCCCGUACGGGCUGAAGCCGAAGAAAAAGUGGGACACAGACGGGCCGAUGAAGCGCGCCAACUGGAACGGGCUCGAUGCGCAAAAGCUGUCGGAGAACUCGUUCUGGGUGAAGGUGCAGGAAGAACAGCUAGCGGACAAUGACAUGUUCGCACGGCUCGCCAUGAAGUUCUCCUCCAAACCGGCCAAACCCGUCGACCGGGAUGCGAGCGAUCGGCCGCAGUCGUCCAAGAAAAAUAUCGAUCUGCGCGUGCUGGACGGCAAAGCGGCCCAGAACCUUUCCAUCCUGUUGGGCGGCUCGCUGAAACACCUUUCCUACGAGCAGAUCCGCACCUGUCUGUUACGCUGCGACACGUCCGUCCUGAGCCCGAGCGUACUGCAGCAACUCAUCCAGUAUCUGCCGCCACCGGAUCAGCUCAAGCGGCUGCAGGAGAUACGUGCCCGCGGUGAAGAUCUGGCCGGUGCGGAACGCUUUGCCGCCACGAUCAGCGAUAUCAAGCGGCUCGGUGCACGGUUGCAGAGUCUCAGCUUCAAGAUCAACCUACCCGACAUGGUGCAGGACGUGAAGCCGGACAUAGUGGCGGGGACGGCCGCCUGCGAGGAGGUAAAGAGGAGCAAAAAGUUUGCCAAGGUGCUCGAGCUCAUCCUGCUGCUCGGCAACUACAUGAACUCGGGCUCGAAGAAGGAUCCGGCGUACGGGUUCGAGAUGAGCUUCCUGCCGAAGCUGUCCAGCACGAAAGACCACGAGAACAAGCAGACGCUGCUGCACUAUCUGGCCGAGGUGAUCGAGACCAAGUUCCCGGAAGCGCUCACCUUCUACGAGGACCUGUCGCACGUAGACAAAGCGUCCCGCGUCAGUCUCGACACGGUUCAGAAAACGAUGCGCCAGAUGACCAGCUCGCUCAAGAACCUCGAGUCCGAUCUGAACAACAACAAGGUGCCGCAGAGCGAAGACGAUCGGUUCCUCGAGGUGAUGGGCCAGUUUGCGGUCGAGUGCCGGACGCAGGUCGAGGUGCUGACGCGCAUGCUCGCCCAGAUGGAGUCGCUCUUUGCAGGCCUGUCCGAGUACUACUGCUUCGAUCCGGCCAAGUACACGAUGGAGGAGUUCUUCACCGACAUCAAAACGUUCAAGGAUGCGUUCGUGCAAGCGCACGCCGACAAUGUGCGGUUACGCGAGGAGGAGGAGAAGAAGCGCCGUGCGCAGGAGGCGAAGGAGCGGUCCCAGCGCGAACUGCUCGAACGGCAGCAGCGUAAGGUGGAGCUGAUCAACAUCGAUGCCACGCAAACGCAGGAAGGUGUGAUGGACAGCUUGCUCGAAGCGUUACAGACCGGAUCGGCGUUCGGGAAUCGGGAGCAACGGCGUAGGCGUGGACCACGGCCGGCCGGUGCGGAACGGCGCGCACAGCUUAAUCGUAGCCGGUCGCGGACGGGCAUAACCGCGAAUGCGUUCUCGAGUCGGGAGAUGCUGUCGGAACUGCUCGGACCGGCGUAACAAGGGAGCGAUAGGGGUGUAUAGGUAGGUGCGUGUUAAGGUUGUUUGUUUGUAUGCGAGCAGGGGGCCAGGAGGCCACGCCCCACGAAUGGCGGGUGAUGGCAUUAUCAAUGAGAUUAAAUUUCAACCAUUCUUUUAGUCACGGAUGGAAACCAUUUUUGUUUUAACGGAAGCGGAAUUUAUCCGACCGGGUGUGACACAAUAUAGAGCAAGGAUCAGUAUUUGUAAUUCUAAACUGUUUUUUUUGUACAUUGGCAAAUGAUAUAUACAGUGCAUGCCUCAAACGGAAAUCCGGACAGUUUGCAAUCGAGAUGAUUUUGAUCGGGAUUAAGCAUGGGAAGAUUCAUGAAAAGAAAGUCCUUUUAUCGCAUAUCAAAUGGAACACCGAAUGCUUACAUUUUCUACUUAAACGACUUGGCGUAAUGUCGCUUAAUUUCUUCCACAAAAAAAUCAUACUCAAGCUUUCGGCCUAUAAACGGAUUUCUUGAUACAGUCACAAAGUCGUUAACGUUAACGGACGUUAACAAUUUGUCCAUAAUUUCUCUUGAGGACGACUUACAACCCCACAGUCAUUAGGGAGAUUCCCCUCUAAAAAUUAAAAAAUCAUUUGAGAACUAUUUUGUAAUUCCGCGCCAAAUAUGUAUGUUUGUUCGGUCCGUGUACAGAUUCGUAAUAAUAGCAACAUGAGCCUUAAAAAAUUGAAUCUUUAUCGACCUAGGGGCCAUGGUGAGAUCGAGAUGCGUAGAUUGUGGGGAUUUAUCAGUUGUGGAUAUCCUUUCGCCAAGAUUCACCGUACUUUACGAAAGGCUUGGUUUCAUAUUGUUAUUAGAAUAAGAUCCCGGUGCUUGCUAUACUUCUUGCUUUGAUGUUGUUCAACUCGAUCCAGCAUCAAAAUAAGCCCUCCUCGGUAACCCCAUAUUCAAGGGAUCAAACAAAUCCAGAUGACCGAUUUCCCGUUUGAGCAACUGCACCAACACACUUCAGGACAUUUCCUGAUGAGAUUAAAUUUGCAAAAAAAAUCUCGUUUUACUUCAAUGCCUCGAUCAUGUGCUCGGAGGAGACCCUCUCACCCCGGACAAAGAAGCCCAAACCGAUAGAGGGAAGUAGAUAGAAUAGAUUCGUUAGUUUCCGACAACCGAGUCCCCCGCUGGCCAACACUUUAGAAAACAAUUACAACGGCCCCGGUUGUGUGUAUUAGUAGGAAAGGACGAGUAAUGUAAAUGCCAAACUUGACUAAGCAAAAUUAAAUCAUAGAAGAAAAAAAACAAAACACACAAAAGACUACAAGAAGCGCCUUAAUGAAAUUUAACAAAAACAGUCGAAGCAAACGUGAUAAAGAAACGAACGCACAUAUACAUACACAAAAACACACACACGCACAAUAUCGCGAUCUGCACAGCAACGACGCACAUUAGCCAGCAUCUAUAUUGGCCUAAGGACGUAGUAGCAUCGUGAUUAUUAUAGUGGAAAAAUACAUUAAGAUAAGAGAGAGAGAGAGAGAGAGUGAGACAGUGGAAAGUGUACAAUAUUAAAAUGUCGCAGUUUGGAAGUGGAUAAGGCUUGAGCCAUACGAACGCUUUCGAAUUUGGAUAGCAGUUUGUACAAGCAACGGCAAACACUGUACCUAAUGAUAUGAGAACUCUAAAAAGACACCAAGGCCAGCAGAGAACAAAUCAAACGGACCAGUAGGAUUUAUGAAAUCACUUACUCCGUUUUACAGCUGGGUCGCGCGUUAACGACUUUGCAACGAAACGUUUUGCUUUGCUAGCUUUUCUUUUACAAAACCGCGUAGGCAAAGUGAAACGAAUGCCAAUCCUAAAACAAAAAUGUUAUUACAAAACCGCAGACUGGACAUUACAUAGACGAAGUGUGAAAAGCAUCAGGAAAGGUCCUUUUUUUUAAAUGCAACGGGUGUUAAAUACUUUGCUAUUCUAUUUUUUGAUGAGAGAACCUACAUACACACAAACACAUAUAUAGGGUUAGAGAUUUGUUGCCUAUACAAUUACAACCUAUUUUGCUCUUGUUUAGCCGGAUAAGCAAUCAAACCUGUACAGAGAGUCCUUUUGUUAAGAAAAUAAUAAAAAACCUCAGCUUUCUUUAGGGAAAA